AUGUCGGACGACGCUGCUGUGCUCCCAACAGUGCCACCCACGCACAAGAAGCGCCGUCGUCCGCCAUUGGCCUGUGAGCAAUGUAGGCGACGCAAGGUGCGCUGCGACAGGAAAUCCCCUUGUAAUCACUGCGUUAGGAGUCAGAUCAAGGAUUGCUCAUAUGCGCCUGCUCACACCCCGUCAUCAUGGAAAAAGAAGGCCGAGAAUCAGUCCCAGUCGCAGCAGCUACAGAAGGAAAUUGACAGGAAACCAGCGCCAAUAUUGCCUGCGCCAUCAAAAGACACUGAGACCGCCAAUUCAGCUGCCAGUGAUCUGCUGAGCAUCGCGGGUGGAAGCUCGACUGCGCCAAGCUCCAGCGACAGUUCAAGAGAUGUGGACAGGCUGGUGGAGAGGAUACAAUACCUGGAGGAGAAGCUGGCCGGUUUCGGUCUCUCAAAGAGUCCUGAAGAGGCAGUGACGGGUGAUCCAAGCUCGACUGGUACUUUGCUACAACAAGGAGGGACCAUCAGCAAGACGCGGUACUUUGGCCGAAGUCACUGGAUGAAAGGGGCGAUGCUGCUGCCCCUGGAGAUCAACACUUUGGGCAAACUUGACGCAAAGGAGUAUCCAUUCGGUUGCCUGUUGAAUCGAUGUAAAGCUCUCGGGAGGAAGAUCAAGGAGCAUCGUCUUAAACCUCUGUCGUCGUCGGCUCUGGGACGCGACAUUCCGCACAAAGCCCUUGCGGAUGAGCUGGUCGAGUCAUAUCUCCGUACCUUUGAAGGUGUUUUACGCGUCCUCCACGUUCCUUCCUUUAGAUCGGAAUAUGAGCGCUUCUGGACCACCACCGUGCCUCAGCACACGGCUCACUUCACCAUCCUUCUGCGGCUGGUCAUGGCCCUUGGAUCCGUCUUCCACGAUGACACCUUCACCCUACGACCGAGGGCGACACAAUGGAUCUACGAAGCUCAACUAUGGAUCAUGUUGCCCCCGGAAAAGGCCCGCAUGAACAUCCCAGGCCUCCAAAUCAUGUGCUUGCUGACCCUCGCUCGGUCCGCCGUUGCCAUCGGGCACGACUUGGUCUGGGUCACGACAGGUGGGAUGCUUCGAAAAGCCAUGUACAUGGGCCUCCAUCGUGACCCGCGUCAUCUAGCUGACAUGACGACCUUCCGAGCAGAGAUGAGGCGGAGAUUGUGGGCGACCAUCAUAGAGCUGAACUUGCAGAGCGGCUUUGACGCGGGCGGUCCACCACUCAUUUCAGCGGCAGAAUAUGACACUCUUCCUCCAGCAGAUCUCGAUGACGUUGAGUUGACAGACGAGUUGGAUCGCGAGAGACGCGACAGGGUUGCCCAGAAACCGGUCGAGAGCACGCAAAAGGCGACAGACAUGUCAGUCGCGUUGGAAGUCGCAAAGUCUGCGCCCCUUCGACUGUCGCUCCUUCAGCAUGCGAAUGACUUCCGAUCAGUCGAGUCGUACGAGCAGACGCUCCGGCACAAUUCAGCCCUCGUCAAGUUCUGUCGCGCUAUGUCUCAGUCCAUGCUGCGCUACAGCAAGGAGCCCGAGGCCAAAGUGACUCAGUUCCAUGCGUCGUUCGCCGAGAUCCUGGUCUAUAGGUGCUUUCACGCCCUACAUCAGCCCCUCAUCACCAAAUCACUCGAGGACCCGCGAUACUACUUCUCUCGCAAGAUGCACCUUGAUGGGGCGCUCAAAAUCACACAUAUCUGCGGUCUUUCCGGCCCUUUGCGCGAUCAACCACCAUCAACCGACUUUACACGGCUGGUCACCAACGGGUCAGGUAUUUUUCGUAACGUUCCCCUGCAGAGCCUGACCGCGACAGCCGUGGAGUUGAUUCACACGCAUGGCAACGUGAUGACAGGGCUGGGAUACUUACCAGCCGUGCAAGACUACGAUCUCAGGGCGACCCUUGCCGCGGGUGAGGCGUGGAUGUUGAGGAGGGUACGGUCGGGCGAGACCAACAUCAAAGGUCACGUCUACACGGCUUGCUGUCUGCGGCACGUGGACCUGUUAAAUGAGGGCAUUGCAGAUGAGAAGGUCAUCGAGGACGAGGUAUCUGCCACCGCGGUCGUGGCCGCGAACGCAUGCUACGCAGCGAUGAAGGAGCUGGCUCUGAGUGAAGGUGUCGAGGUGGACGAAGACAGAGCCGAGAGCUCGGUGCCCCUGUUAUCACCCGCCGACAUGGAACUUCCCCAGGGUUCGCCAGGAUUGGGCAUCGGCGACAGAAUGUACCAGGGUUUCCUGGGCGAUCUGAGCUGGGACGAGAUGGACGGUUUGCUUUGGGGCUCGCCCAAGCCCUGGGAUUCUGGGCAGCCCCCAUUGUUCGAGUGA